GGCACCCUCUGCUCUGCUCUCCUCUCCCUAUAAAUCUAGAGGGCAUGUAUGCAUUGCUCCUCCAUCAAUCCAAAGACACAGCAGCAGCAACAGCUACUUGUUCAUCCCAUAUCGUCCAAGCUAGUUAGUUACCCAGUUAGCUAGCUUAGUCGAUCUGUAACACGGCACACUUAGCUAGCCAGCCACCAUUGAUUCAGCAACCGAUGGCUGCUGCGCAUGCCUUCUUCUCCUUCUCCUCGGUCGAGUCACUGCUCCAUUCGGCUUCAUGGGUAGCUGGAAAUGGUGGCCGGAGCAGCCGCAACUGUAGCUUCUUCCGCCCUUCGCCUGUGAUAUGUCCCGGGCCGGAGCCUGCGUCCCAUGAGCUGUCGGAUGAUUUUGACUUCCAGGAAAGCCUAAGGAAUGUUCAAGCGUUGCUGCAACAACCUCCGAAGAGUAGAGGAGGCAUGUUGACAACUGUUGAUCACCUAAAGCGCCUCUGCAUCGACCACUAUUUCCAAGACGAAAUUGAUACCAUCAUGGGCUCAUGUGUGGAUCUCAUCCAUAGUGAUGAUCUGCUUGAUGCAACCCUUUCUUCGAGGAUGAUGAGGGAAGCUGGAUAUUAUUUUUCGGCAGAUGAUGUUCUACGGAAGUUCAUGAACAAUAAUGGUGAUUUCAACCUCGGGCUUAGCAAUGACAUUAGAGGGCUACUGAGCUUGCAAGACAUGUCACACCUCAACAUGGGAGAAUCAUCACUCUACAAGGCAAAUGAAUUCUCAAGCAAGCACCUUAGAUUUGCAAUUAAGUAUUUGGAGCCAAACCUUGCAAGAUAUGUGAGCCACCAGCCGCCAAUAUCGAUCACAAGUUUACCAGUGAUUUCACCAAAUUCUCGCAAGGAGCUGAGCGAGGAGGGGUUGAUGGCGAAGACGUCGUGGCCUGAGGUGGUGGGGUGGCCGGAGCUGAACGCGGCGGACCAGAUCAACAUCGACCGGCCGGACGUGUCGGUGGGGUUCUACAUGGAGGGCUCCCCGCUGCCGUCCGGGUACGACCCCCGGCGCGUAGUCAUCAUCGUCAACGCGUCCGGCGUGGUCAUCAGGACCCCCGUCGUCGGCUAG